UAGCAAAGAUAGACUUAAGCUUCUUCUCUUUCAUUUUCUAUUGAUAUUUUGCUCUGCAGUUUUAAAACAAAGUAGCUGAAAUCAACAUGGCUGGGGAAGUUGGCUACAGAUUCUGUCCAAAUGAUGAAGAAUUGGUUAAUCAUUUUCUGAAGCUAAAGAUGCUUGGCCAUGACGAUCAAGUCAGCAGAAUUCCUGAGAUUGAUGUUUUGACUGUUGAACCAUGGGAUAUACCUUCCAUGAUGCCAAAUAACUCAAACGAUGGAGUUUGGUAUUUCUUCUGCCGUCGCAAUCAUAAUGGUCAGCGGCUCAACAGGACAACUAAUGUUGGAUUCUGGAAAACCAUUGGCAAGACUCUUAAAAUCAAGGAUAUUGCUACAAAACAGAUUCUAGUUUUCUAUCAGAACGGUGCUAAUGGUCGUGUUAGGACCAACUGGAUUAUGCACGAGUAUAAUCCCACUUUCGACUUCCCAGUCCAGAGUGAUUACGUUCUCUGCAAACUGAGGCAAAUGCCAGAAGACAACAAUCUUUGAAAGACAAUAAAAGACUCAGGUUGUGAAGCUGCUGUCCAGAAAAUAAAUUGCUAUGGAUUGGUGUUGCAGUAGAAGACAGCAUUAUUUCCUCUAGUUAUAACGUUUGUAUUUAGUUUUGUAGUGUGUAUUUUCGUGCUGUUUAAUUACUAGUGCUAUGUUAUUGGAUUGG